GGCGGCCGUCAAACGACGAGAGGCCGGCCACGAUGGCGACCGCCCUGCCCUCCCGCUCGCCUCCCCUGUCCCAGGCCGUAGCCGAGCUCUGCCAGAACAGCCCGGAAACCUUCCUGGAGGCCUCCAAGCUGCUGCUGACCUACGCGGACAAUAUCAUCCGAAAUCCAAGUGAUGAAAAAUAUAGAUCUAUUCGGAUUGAAAAUACAGCAUUUUUCACUAGACUACUGCCUGUCAGAGGAGCAGUUCAAUGUUUAUUUGAAAUGGGAUUUGAAGAAGGAGAGACCCACCUCAUAUUUCCAAAGAAGGCUUCAGUUGAGCAGCUCAAAAAAAUUCGUGAUCUUAUCGCUGAAGAGAGAAGUAGUAGACUGAAUGGAUCAAGCACGGGCCCCAGAGGAGGGGAAUCUUCUCAACAACUGACGAGCCCCAAUCAGCCCAUCCUAUUUCGGCCUGCCGAACCUGCGAUAUUGGCCCAGGGCCCAGGGGUCCAUCUAAGGCAGGCCAGUGCCCAGUCCGCUCCAACGGUGGCUGCUGACUCGAACUUAUUACAAACCCUUCAUUCCAAUUUUCAGCAUGUACUAGUCUAUGAGAAUCUCUCUCUCCAGAAGAAAGCACUGGCUUGUAUUCCAGUCCAAGAGCUGAAAAUGAAGUGUCGAGAAAACCUAGCAAGAGCCAGUCAAGCAGAUGCAGGUAGUAAUAUGAAUGAGGAAGACUUUCUUCUUCUGGAGCUAUUGCAGUGGUAUAAGGGAGAGUUUUUUCAGUGGGUGAAUAACGUUGCAUGCAGCAAAUGUGGUGGGCAGACGGAAUCAAGAAAUAAGCUCUCUCCUUUUGAUAAUGAGAGGAGAUGGGGUGCAAAUGUCGUAGAAGAUCAUUACUGUAAUUUAUGCCAAUUCAGCAAUCGGUUCCCAAGGUAUAACAAUCCUGAGAAACUUUUGGAAACAAGAUGUGGACGCUGUGGGGAAUGGGCCAACUGUUUUACACUGCUGUGCAGAGCUUUGGGUUUUGAAGCCCGCUUUAUUUGGGACUCAACAGAUCAUGUGUGGACAGAAGUAUAUUCUUCUUCUCAGCAGCGAUGGCUGCACUGUGACCCUUGUGAAAAUGUUUGUGAUAAACCGCUUCUCUAUGAGAUCGGAUGGGGAAAAAAAGUCUCAUAUAUUAUGGCAUUCUCCAAGGAUGAGGUCGUUGAUGUCACUUGGCGAUAUUCAUGUAAUCAUAAAGACGUUAUCUCCAGAAGAACUCAGAUUAAAGAAGACUAUCUUAGAGAAACAAUCAAUAGUCUUAAUACACAGAGACAGCUGUCUUUACCACAAAGCCGAAAGCAAGAACUCCUCCACCGAAUCAUUGUCGAACUGGUUGAGUUCAUAUCACCCAAAACUCCAAAACCUGGAGAACUUGGUGGAAGAAUAUCUGGGUCAGUGGCUUGGAGAGUAGCCCGAGGUGAAAUGGGUUUGGAGAGCAAGGAAAAUGUUUUCACACCCUCAGAGUGUGAGAAGACCUCCAAGCUACUACACCUCAGUUACAAUGCAGUGAAGGAUUCUUACACCCGAAUUUCAAAUAACAAUGAAGAAAUUAUUGGAUGGGAAAAGGGUGUGUGGAAGAUGGACUCCCUAUUCAGAAAAGUCGAGAGAGACUGGAACAUGGUGUAUUUAGCAAGAAAGGAAGGGUCAUCUUCAGCCCAUGUCUCCUGGAAGUUUGAGUGUGGGUCCGUGGGGCUGAAAGUGGAUAACAUUUCAGUCAGAACAAGCAGUCAGACAUUUCAUAGUGGUUCCAUCCAUUGGAAACUGUGGUCUGAUAAAGCUCAGGUUGAGCUGACAGGAGAUAAAAACCUGCGUUCCUAUCCUGAUUUUUCUGAUGCAACAGAAAUUAUUUUGGAAGCAGAACUAAGUGGCGGAGAUGAUGGUCUUGCCUGGCAGCAUACUCAGCUAUUUAGGCAAAGCUUAAAUGACCGUGGAGAAAAGUGUUUGGAGAUAAUUAUAAAAUUCAGUGAUCUUUGAAAAUCUGAACAUCACGAAACUACUGGCAAUAAUGAGGCACUUUAGUAUGGUCUCAAAUAUUCUGUUGAUUCAAUGAGAAAGUUUAAAGGCAAUUUACCAUUCUUCACCAUGCUGACAGCACAUAUUUCCUUUACUGGGUUUCAGUCAUCACUCCUUCAUGGAAAUAAUAUGCCUUUAUGCUGUGGCCCAUUGUAAGAUCCUAGAAUUUUAAAAACUUUCUCUUUUUAACCUAAAUCAUCAAUUUUUAUUUUACUUCAGACAAAGGAUAUUUUACACUAAAAGAUCCUGAUAAAGUGAUUAGGGUAAACAUGACAUCUUAAAGUUAAAUUUAAUGUAGUAAAAUUAUAAAAUAGCAUUAACAAUAAUUUGACAUUUUCUAGCUAGCUAUUAAUUUCCUAUUAGGUAGAAAUUUUUUUUUAAGUUUUAACUUGAAAAUAUCUGUUAGGACAGUAUCUAUGAGAUUGCAUCAGUGCAAAAUAUCUUUUUUAAAUGAAUGUAAAUAUGGAGGCAUUUUAAAAAUUAAUAAAAUGAGUUAUUUUCCAGUAUACAUCAUAAUGUUUACUUGAGUACAAACGUAGAAUUUUCAAAAGCACAUAAUUCUAAGCGUAUUUUGAAAAGCAUUUUGGUCAAUCCAUGUUUUGAAAUAAAAAUAUUGGACAUGUGAAUUAAAAGAUUCCAACAAGGAUUCUAAA